GCACAAGCUGCAGAAGUUGUCUGGUGAGCUAGCCAAGCUUAAGGACGCUGGGGCGCGCGUGGUGCCACUUGGCGCGUGCUGCUGGGUUUGUGAAUGAUGACGCUGGUGGACAAGGGCGACGCAGAGCUGUUUGGCAGCUUCAUUGUUCGCGUGAGCGCCAGUUUUAUGUGGGAGGCGGCGAGGUGGUACAUGAUCACCGUCGUCCUCAUCAGUGGCAAGGACGUGGCCCAGCUGCUGCUGGGAGUUGGUGAAAACAACCAGGGCAUGAUCCUGGCCCAUCUGCUUCGACAUGUCCUACUUCCUGAUCUGUUCGUCCUCGGCAUCAGCAAUUUGGCUGGGUGGACGUCGUUCCGGUUGCUGCUGCUUAACGACAACACGUUGUCGGCCAACGGCCUUGCUGCUCGUUGGUGGUGCUGGCUGCUGCGCGUCCCGCUUGUCAUUUCCAUGGUGCUGAACCUGCUGUUUGGGCUCACGUCGGACUGCGCAGACAUUGAGUUGCAGCUGCUGCGUGGCUGA